UUUUUUGGUCUUGGCUCCCUGGUUUCCACGUUAACGUGGGUGAGAGUCCGAAAGUAUCAAGAGAGGAAGGGAACGUUGUGCGAACCGAACUCGAGAGGAGGGAAAAGGGUCUUCGAGGAUCACUAGGUAGAACUGCAAGUGAAGACUCGGUCUCUAUAAGAAAGAAGUAUGCCUCAUAGAACCCGACCCAUGACAGCAAUAUUGUUGUUUACUGCAGUAAAUGCAGUUUUGUGUGCGACCAUUACUCCAGUCUAUGAUUUUGUUUGCUUUCUUCCGUACUGGGAAAGAAGGAGGGAAAGGCAUCGUCAGGAACGGGAAGCUAACAGUUCGAACUAACCAUAACAAGAUCUACGUGGAGAAACUUUUUGGACUAGGAUUUUCAUGCCUUCUUUUCCUUUCAUGAUGUAAAAUUUUUCUCUUGGGAUCUUGCAAUGUGGAAUAUCUUGGAAUAAAAGUCUGAAAUCUUGGACCUACUUGGCCACCUUAGCUGAAAGGUACCUUUAUCAUAGCUUUAUUUGGGUAUAAACCAAAUAAUCAAUCGUAUUAGAUUUUGAUAG